UCAAGGCAUCUUCCUCAUGAUGCCCUAACAUCAAAAGUCCAGAUCAUCAGUGUUCUUGCGUCACCCCAAAGGGAUCUCGUUCCAGAGCUGCCUAGACCCCGUCCUUUUUCCAGCAAUAAAUGUGCUCAAAAGCGCGGCUCCCUGGCUGCAUGUAUGUGGAGAGAAGUAAGGAGGCUCAUUCCAUGUCACUCUCCCGCUAUCUUUGGGUUGAUUGAGUUAUUCAAAUGUUUAUAUAGGAGAAGGCGCUGGACGCCGAGUUUCAUCGAGAGAAGCAUACACCACUUUCCCUCACUUUUCUUUCUUUUGGUGGGACUCUUGCGUUGACAUCACGGAAUCAUGCCAGUAAGUGAAUGCACCUGCAUCCAUACAUAAUUCUACAAGACAAAAUUGUUCAAAUACGCAUAUUUGCAUGGGCUGACAGUGAGGGCAUAAUGCGCACAGGUCGCUCGAGCUCUCUCUAUGCUCGUCUUCGGGCUUCUUCUUAUUACUCCUGCUGCUGUCCUUGCUCAGCAACCACCCAAGGGAUGUGCGUGGUGCGUCAAAGCUGAGAAACAGAUUUUGAAGCUGCAGCAGCAGAUUGCGAAGUUGACUGCGUUGAUGAAUCCUCUUACUCUUCCAAAUCAGAAUACGUUUGCGGGUAAUAGCAAAUCAACGACGACGAGGACCAUUCACACCACUUCUACGCGAUAUAUCACAAAGACUUUUGGAGCUUCUACUGCUGUACAUACCUCUUCACGAAAAGUUAUCCCAACUACCAGUCCUCAUACUAGCAAGCCGCAAAAACCGUCCAUCAUGUCCAACGAAGGCUAUCGAUCUGUAGCAUACUUUGUCAACUGGGGUAUAUAUGGUCGGAAAUACUUCCCACAAACCAUCCCCGCCGACAAACUAACGCACGUCCUCUACGCGUUCGGUGACAACCGCCCAGAUGGCGAGGUUAUCCUUACCGACCAAUGGUCUGAUAUCCAAAUUCACUACGACGGCGACUCCUGGAACGACCAAGGCAACAAUCUCUACGGCAACCUGAAACAGCUCAACUUACUCAAGAAGAAGAACCGGAACCUCAAAGUGCUUCUAUCGAUCGGCGGGUGGACGUAUGCGCACGAGCAAAAGCACUUUGAUACCCCAGCAGCCACCCCGCAGGGCCGCAAGACGUUCGCCGACAGCUGCGUCAAGCUGAUCAAGGAUCUCGGAUUCGAUGGGAUCGAUAUUGAUUGGGAAUACCCUUCCAACCCCGAACAGGGGCAACAACUGCUGCUACUGUUGCAAGAAAUUCGGUCUGCAAUGGAUGCUUACGCCGACAAGCUUGCCGCUGAAGCUGGCGAGCGACCACACUUUGUACUCAGUAUUGCGGCACCAGCUGGAGAGUCGAAUUACAAGAAUAUGCCCUUGGGUGCGAUCGCCCAAGUCCUUGAUUUCAUCAAUCUGAUGGCAUACGACUACUCGGGAUCGUGGGAUCCCAACGCAGGCCACCAAGCCAACCUCUUCCAUUCUGCCUCCAACCCAAACUCCACCCCCUUCAACACCCAAUCCGUCGUCGAUGUCUACAUAGCCCAAGGCGUGCCCUCGUCCAAGAUCGUCCUAGGCAUGCCCCUCUACGGACGCUCCUUCACCAAUACAGACGGCCUGGGAAAACCAUAUCAGGGCGGCGGUCCCGGAUCGUGGGAGAACGGGGUGUGGGAUUACAAAGCGCUGCCCCAGCCGGGCGCCGCAGAGUACACGGACGCCGAGGCCGGGGCUAGCUAUUCCUACGACAAUGCCUCGCGCACGCUGAUCUCGUACGAUACCUUGGAUAUGGUGAAGAGGAAGGCUGGAUACGUGAGGGAGAAGAAACUGGGCGGGGCUAUGUGGUGGGAAUUAUCUGGAGAUCGAGCGGGUGAGGGGAGUUUGGUCGAGAGUGUUGCAAACGAUCUCGGAGGUCCUGGUUGCUCCUACCUCGAACACAAACCAAAUUGCAUCACAUUCCCAGACUCGCAAUACGACAACCUGAAAUCCGGAUUCCCCAACAACUAACGAAAAUCCCCCGCCCUUCCUUACCAAUGGCAACCUAUUUAGAAGGAAGAGAAGGAAAAAAUAUAGCCGAGAAAUAGAAUAGGUGAAGAAUAUACCUCAUUUCAGAUCAUCCCCCCUUCCAUCCCCAGUCAUCUCCCUGAAGUGCCUAGAACAAAGCAACGCUACUCAAGUACUAUAAAAAGGUGGUGAAAAACUGCGAAUUCUUAAUUCUCUUCCUCUCUCUCCCCUCGCCAGUGUAUGCAUCCCAGUCAAGCAAUUCCGGGGUAACAGGUGAUAAAAAAAAUAAAAAAUGUAAGGGUAAGGGUAAGAGCAAGGGCUGGGGGAGGUGGGUUGACGACCUCGCAGUCAUUAACCAACUGUCACAUCCCUCGAUUCCCCGUUUGUCCUUGAUAUUUUCAGCAUUCAUGCUACGCCUAGUCCUGACUAACAGCGUCUGCCGUCAAACCGAAUUCCCAGUUACUGUACAUCAUUGUUCCGGAAGACUGUUAGGUAGUUCAUAUUUUAGUAUCAUGAACCGAUCGGUUCAAACCAGAGCAAGCCGUGUAGCGGUUUUGUUCUUCCCUCAACUGGACUUCUCCCAUCUGUUGCCCACUCGCAACACUAUACACACACCCAAGCGACUUGGUAUACCAACUGCUUAAUCGGAUCCCCGUGAUUCUCAUGGUCGCCAAUUACCUGCGCAACCCUCGCCUCAUCUUCCCCCUUCUCCUUUACCGCCAUCACCCUCACCGAAUU